AUGUUUAGAACAACCUCACAGGGCUUCAAUAGCUCGCAACAGAAGUCUCUCGGCUUCUUGGAACAACACUUGAGCACCUUUCAUCCAUUUGCCCGCUUGCCAAAAGAACUGCGACUGAUGAUCUGGGAAGAAGCUUGCCGAGAUGAGCGCACUGUCACCGUUUUCUCAAGAGAUAGGGUUUUGGACGCAAAAUUCUCUCAAGGUCAUGGCAACUUACCAUUCUACACCUUCAGAAGUCGCAAUUCAAUCCCGGGGGUCCUUCACGCAAACAGCGAAUCCAGAUUUAUUGCCAUGAAGUUCUAUUUACCCGUCUUUGACACUCGAACAGAAUUCCCACUUGUUACUACAUUGGGUACUGGAACAGUCUCAUCAAUCUGGAUCAACCCAUCAACUGAUCUCAUCUGUCCUAUGACAUCCAUGACCAAUGACCAGUGCGACGCUUUGGCCGAGAAGAUGUCUGAUGUGAAGGUUGAACGCAUUGCUUUGAAUGAUUGUGCAUUCCAGAGAUCCGCAUCGAUUCCUUGCGAUAAAUGGGGCUCAUUCUCGACCCUAACGAUUCCUUUUUGGAUGCACGAGAAUAUCAGAGAGGUCACAAUCUACACCUCCCGAUAUUUGGUUCAACCUGAUGACGACAUUGAGUUGACUAAGUUCGAUCGUAAGGCUGCAUUUCCUCCCAAGAUGAUGAAGUCGAAGAUGGAGAUUUCCCGUCGACAAAACACAUCUUUUGGGAAUCUUCAAAAGAUCUUGAAGCAACAGCUUCUUGAAGAUGAGAAGAGCAAGAAGUACGGACUUGAGUGCGCCAAGCUUGCUGCUUGCCCACAGUGGUUGUUCGACUGCCGUGGAGAAUGGACUAGACCAGAGCAAAGAGAUAUGGUUGUAAAUCCUGCCAAUUCUGUCACGAAUUUUGGGAGAUAG